AUCCAGUAUAAAAUCAAACAAAAAAAGAUGUUUAAAGGUUUUGAAAAAGCAAAAGAUGUUCAGUAUGUUUUUACACCUUUGACAUCGGCAAUCUGUGGGGUAACAUUAGAAAAUAGUGACAACAAGAAGAAUCAGUAUCUCCUUUCAGGUAAAAUUUCACCAGAUGGAAGAGUUUUUAUUUAUUUAUGUGAUUUUAUUAAACUAUGGGAUGACCUUACCCACUCUCAAAAGGAAAAUCUAAAGAAGAAAUACAAAAUGGGCUGUGACUGUAAAAUUACUGCCUGCCCUAGAGAACCUUGUCCCAUUGCAACACCCAAUGAAUGCCUAUGGACGGAUUGGCUGAAAGAACAGACGGUCUAUGGACAUCAAGCAAAUAAUUGUGCCUGUUUCAAGGGCAGUGAUGGAACUUGCAUCUGGCAUUAG